CUUAUCAUAGGCCCUUUCUCCCCAACGUUAUAUCAUCAACAUCUGUCUGAGGCCAGGUAGUCAGCGCACAUCUAAAGAGCACAUCCUAGGACUAGGAAAACGAUAUGAGUGCUGCAGUGGCCAUGCAGGCCACCAGGAGGCGUGUCAAGCCCAGCUCUAAUGGGGCGGGGCCAGAGGAGAAGGCGGAGCUUGGACAGUGGGGCAGGGCAUGGGAGGUGGACUGGUUCUCUCUGACCGGCGUGAUCCUUCUACUCUGUCUGGCGCCCUUCCUCGUCUUCUACUUCAUCAUGGCAUGCGACCAGUACCAGUGCUCUGUCAGCCAGCCUAUCAUAGAGCUGUACAGCGGUGAUGUCACGCUGCUUACCAUCUGGGACCGCUCCCCUUCUUUCACCUGGCCUGCCGCCAAGAUCUACGCUAUCUGGGUCUCCUUCCAGGUGGUGCUCUACAUGUGUGUUCCUGACAUCACUCACAAGUUCCUGCCUGGUUACGUGGGCGGAGUCCAGGAGGGUUCCCGCACCCCUGCAGGGCUAAUUAACCUGUAUGAGAUCAAUGGCCUGCAGUCCUGGAUCAUCACCCAUGCUCUGUGGUUCCUCAAUGCCCAGUACUUCCACUGGUUCUCCCCCACCAUCAUCUUUGACCACUGGAUCCCUCUGUUGUGGUGCACCAACAUCCUGGGCUACACUGUGGCCACCUUCGCCUUCGUCAAGGCCUACCUGUUCCCCACCAGUGCUGAGGACUGCAAAUUCACUGGAAACAUGUUCUACAACUACAUGAUGGGCAUUGAGUUCAACCCACGCAUUGGGAAGUGGUUUGACUUCAAGCUGUUCUUCAACGGUCGCCCUGGCAUCGUGGCGUGGACGCUCAUCAACCUCUCCUACAUGGCCAAGCAGCAGGAGCUUUAUGGUCACGUCACCAACUCCAUGAUCCUGGUCAAUGUCCUGCAGGCCAUCUAUGUGCUUGACUUCUUUUGGAACGAAGCUUGGUACCUGAAGACCAUUGAUAUCUGCCAUGAUCACUUUGGGUGGUAUCUGGGAUGGGGAGACUGCGUCUGGCUGCCCUUCCUCUACACGCUGCAGGGUCUGUACCUAGUCUACCACCCCGUCCAGCUCUCUACCCUCCACGCCACCACCGUUCUCCUCUUUGGCCUGACUGGCUACUACAUCUUCCGCUCCACCAAUCACCAGAAGGACCUUUUCCGCCGCACAGAGGGGGCGUGCACGAUCUGGGGGAAACGCCCCAACUUCAUCGAGUGUGCCUAUCAUUCGUCGGACGGUGGCCUCCACCACAGCAAGCUGAUGACCUCCGGGUUCUGGGGUGUGGCUCGCCACUUCAACUACACAGGGGACCUGAUGGGGUCCCUGGCGUACUGCCUGGCGUGCGGCGGCGCCCACCUCCUGCCGUACUUCUACAUCGUGUACAUGACCAUCCUGCUGGUGCACCGCUGCGUCAGGGACGAGCACCGCUGCGGCAGCAAGUACGGCCCAGACUGGAGGAGGUACACGGACACCGUGCCUUCCCGCCUCAUCCCCGGAAUCUUCUAGAGGGGCCGAGAGAGGGUGUUGGGCUGUGUGAGUGUGGGUUGGAAGGCAUGUUUGUGUGUGUGUGUGUGUGUAUUGGAGUUUGUAUCUGAGUGUUGGUGUGUGAUUGGGUUGCAUGAACGUAUGCAUUCCUGUGUGUUUCUAUGUCUGCUGUGACAAAGCAUCUUCAGCGGGAAAGCCCUCCCAACAGGGACAGUGCCUACAGCAUCCUUCUAAGAUGUUACGACCACAAACUGUGAACCCCUGCUGUUCCUGUGUGCAGGAGAGCUCCUCUGAGGUCCACAGCUGUGCAGUGUGCACACAGCAGCUCUGUCGCUCCUUCAUCAGAUGCUGCUCACUUGCACAGUGGCAAGUACAGGAAUCAAGGGGCCACCAGAACACAAUGCUGGUCUCUGACUAGCUGUAGUAGAAAUAGAAACAUAGGUUUUUGUUCUGUAUUCCAGUUUAGGUGCAUACCUAUUUCUAUUUGUACAUGUUUGACUGUAAUCUCGAAGUUCAGCUAAGCCAGCCCUGCCUCUUAUUGUCUGCUGCUGCCCUCUAGUGGUGUGGAGGCAGGCAAACAUGAGCCUUUCAUUCAUCUGCUUUGUUUUCUCCUCGUUCAUUUUGAACCCCCAUGUCAUACCUGGGGGCUUCUCAAAGUGAACACUUAAGUAAAAAACUAACAAACAAUAAAAAA